CAUUGGGAAGUUGAGGUGUGUGACCAGUGAUUUUAACACAACUGAUGCACAAUGUAGUCCAACUACAGACGGUACCAAGCGAUUCGGAACUGCCUGUAAAUACGCAUGUCACUGCAUCAACAAUGAACAAUGUAAUUAUACUACAGGCGAAUGUGGCUCAGGAUGUGACUUUGAAUGGGUGGGACCCAGCUGCCAGUAUAAAAAUAUUGCACAUGCGGAGUUAUCUCGUCAAAUCGACAAUAUAUAUCCUGCAAAGUACUCGUAUCUAGCUAAUGAUAAUGAUUCAUCCACGUGCAGUUUCACUGACAGUGCUGUUCCUGAAGAAAGACUGGCAACAAGAACGGUUGCACCUUGGUGGUCGCUUUGGUUGCCUUACGAUGCAACAUUCAGAAAGCUCUUGUUUGUUACCAGACACAAUUACUCGUCAUAUUUUCCAUUCUUUAAGGUAACCGUACAUAAUAUUUCGAUGUCCGACUUCACCAACUUUGUAUAUCGUACCAAUGGAGUAUCGUGUUACCAACAUGACGACUACAUUCCCCAAGAUGCAACGUUCAAAGUCAAUUGUACUGGUGCACCGGUAGGAAAUCAAAUACGAAUUCAACUUGCAAACAUGUCCACACAACUUGUACUCUGUGACUUCAGAGUUUACGGAGAAUGUAAGGAUCGGACAUGGGGUAAAGCUUGUAAUGAGUGCGGAUUCUGCAAAGAUUUCUCACAAUGUGAUGCAACCAAUGGCAGCUGUCUGUCAGGAUGUGAGCCAGGGUAUAUACCACCUUUAUGCAGCAAAGCAAACACUUACCAGACGGGGUGUGACUGUACUGACGGGUACUACUGCGAGAACACUUAUGAAUAUCCAACAAUAUGUCCAACUGGCCAUUUUUGCGUGAAUGGUUUAAAGUCACCGUGCUCAGCGGGGACUUUUACCAGUAACAGCGGUUCAGCACAGUGUGAACAGUGUACACCAGGAUAUUAUUGUCCAAAUCUGGGCCUAUCUACUGUAACAGAUGUAUGUUGGAUCGGACAUUACUGUCCUGAAGGAGCUGUUGUACCUUCGCCUUGUCCAAAUGGAUACUAUCAGACGGACACAGGGAAAUCGGACUGUAUUAUAUGUCCUGUCAAUUUUUAUUGUAAUCAAACGGAAGCAGAGGUGGAAAAACAAAGUGGAACCUCUAAACCAACACAUGGAGUAGUUACUCCAAAGGAAUGCCAACCAAAGAGAUGCCUCAAACCAGGAUUGUCAGGAGAAUUGGAUCCAUUUGAAAUCGGCGGACUGAGUAUAAGUAUUAGUUGCAAACCUAGCUGUAGACAACAUAUGACGCCAUUCACUGAUCUAAAGUUCAUGGCAAACUGUGACGGCUGUGAAAAUGAGGUAUCUUCGUACCAGUGGUCAAUCAGAGAGUGUUUUAGUGAAGUUAUACAGGAGUGUGAGCAUUACGUCAACUCUGUGACAUUCCUCACCGAGUCUACAGGAUACUAUACCGCGAUACCUCACAAUGAUAAACAGAACUGGACGUAUAUUGCAGUCGUUGUAAAGGUUACCCUUAACGAUGGAAGGGAAGGUAUGGCUUCUCACAUUUGGCAAUAUCUCGAAGGAGUUCAAGUUGAUUGUCAAACUUCACCAGUAUCAGGAGUGGCAGGAGAGACUAGAUUCACAGUUAUAUGCAUUGAGCCUGCUCUACCUGUAGACAAGGAUAACAUACGUUGCAGUAUGUCCUACGCAUACUCAAUAACCGGAGAUUCAUUGAUUUAUCAAACGAAUGAGACAUGCAACCAUACUGGGAUAAUACUACGACAAGGAGACAAGACUAAGGACUAUCGACAACAUUUAAAAGUUGUUGGAAUGUACAUAGACCAUCUAAUUUGGGACGUACCAAUUCUGCUGCAGGUAGUAUUACCAUCUGUGACAACUGAUUUACUGGAGAAUGCAGUAGAUGAAUUAAGCGGCAACCUUACAGGUAUUACGACUACGGAAGAAGCUUUUGGUAAGCUGUAG